AAAAGUUUGGUUUUCUCUGUUACUUAAAUUUAACAAUCAGGGUUCUAGUGCCGGAGGAGAGGGUUUUGAAGUUACAAAAUAUGGUCAUGGAUGUGUUGCACUGAUAGGAUUUCCGAGUGUGGGGAAGUCAACACUUUUAACAAUUUUAACAGGCACCCAUUCAGAAGCAGCAUCUUAUGAAUUCACUACACUGACCUGCAUUCCUGGUAUCAUAAAUUACAAUGAUACCAAGAUUCAGCUACUUGAUCUUCCUGGAAUUAUUGAAGGUGCUUCUGAAGGAAAGGGGCGUGGAAGGCAGGUUAUUGCUGUUGCGAAAUCUUCAGACCUUGUGUUGAUGGUUCUUGACGCCUCCAAAAGUGAGGGACAUCGCCAAAUUUUGACAUAGGAACUGGAGGCUGUGGGUUUGCGUUUAAACAAAAGACUGCCUCAAAUAUAUUUCAAAAGAAAGAAAACAGGAGGUAUUUCUUUCAAUAGCACUCUCCCAUUAACUCGUGUGGAUGAGAAGCUUUGUUACCAGAUUCUUCAUGAAUACAAAAUUCAUAAUGCAGAGGUUCUAUUUCGUGAGGAUGCCACCGUGGAUGAUUUAAUAGAUGUCAUUGAAGGGAACCGCAAAUAUAUUAAGUGUGUAUAUGUUUACAAUAAGAUAGAUGUUAUUGGUAUUGAUGAUGGGGAUAGAUUGGCUCAGCAGCCAAAUUCUGUUGUCAUUAGCUGCAAUCUGAAGCUGAACCUAGACAGACUGCUUGCAAAGAUGUGCCAAGAAAUGGGACUUGUGAGAGUAUAUACAAAACCACAAGGCCAGCAACCCGACUUCACUGACCCUGUUGUUCUUUCUGCUGUAUGUGAGAUAUUUCCCAUCAUUCAUGCAUUACUACAUUGUCGGAUCCAUGCAUGGAAUUUCUGUAGCUCUCUCAAACCUAUUUCCUUGUUUCUAUUGCUCUGUGUAUGUGAUAGGAUAGAGGUGGCUGCUUGGUUGAAGACUUUUGUAACCACAUACAUAGGAGUUUAGUGAAGGAUGUGAAAUAUGUGCUUGUGUGGGGUACAAGUGCAAGGCACUACCCUCAGCACUGCGGCAUCAGGCAUGUCCUGCAAGAUGAGGAUGUCAUUCAGAUCGUCAAGAAAAAGGAGAAAGAAGGAGGGAGAGGUCGGUUCAAAUCACAUUCAACCGCUCCUACUCGGAUAUCUGACAGAGAGAAGAAGGCUCCCUUGAAGACCUAAACCAUGUGGGGCAGCAUUGCGUUGUGGGGGUGGCAAGGCAAGUCCAUAGGGAGAGAGCAUCCUUUUUGUUGUCUCAUGAAUGACUUCUGGUACAUUUUUUUUUUUUUAUAAUUACAUUUCAAUCUUAUAUUUCAUAGUAUUUUUUUUUUUAUUUUUGGUUGCCACAAUUUUUCAUUUCUUAUUCCAUCUCACUUGUAUGUCAUGCGACUUGAAUUUAAGACUUCUUACUUUCAAUAAAAAGAGAUGAUCACU